AAUAUAAUUAAUCACGUAAAAAAAAGAAUUCAUUAAAUCGAGUCUAAUAACACUCGGAUAUGUGUUUCCAUAGCGGCCGCUACAUAUUAACAACACCAUUAAUCAUAAUAUCCCGUUAGAUUCUAGCAAAAAAAAAAAGCUUGCUCUCCAAUUUUGUUCCAUCUCCGUACAAAAUGGCACGGCGGCAACAACAGCGUUCAAUCCAAAGCCUAUUCUCAAACCGCUCCAUGAUUUAUAUCCUCUGCCACUUCGGUCUCUUCUUCAUCCUUCUCCUCGGUGUAUUCUUACCGUGGGCAGGAUUUCCCAUAUUCCCCUUUCCAUACAAAUGCUCUUCUUCUUUGUGUUCUUCUUACUAUUUGCACUCUAAAUGGCACGACUAUUCCGUCGCUCAAGCUGCCAAGUUUGUCGCUAAGAAUGGGACGGUGAUCGUAUGCACUGUUAGCUAUCCUCUCUUGCCUUUUCUCAACAACUGGUUGAUUAGUGUUUCAAGACAUAAACAUCAAGAGAAAGUUCUCGUGAUCGCCGAGGAUUACGCUACUUUGUACAAGGUUAACGAGAAAUGGCCUGGUCAUGCUGUUCUCAUGUCUCAACCGUUGGACUCUCAAACCGCACACAAUUACGGUUCCCAGGGUUUCUACAAUCUUACCUGUCGGAGGCCGCAACAUCUCUUGGACAUUUUGGAGCUAGGUUACAGUGUUAUGUAUAAUGAUGUUGAUAUGGUCUGGCUAAAUGAUCCUUUUCAGUAUUUAGAAGGAAGCCACGACGUAUACUUCACGGAUGACGUGACUACAGUUAAGCCUUUGAAUGAAUCACAUGAUUUACCACCUCUGAAUCGAUAUGGAGUAACUAAUAUAUGUAGUUGCAUGAUUUUCUUGCGUCCCACUAAUGGAGCAAAGCUUUUAAUGAAGAAAUGGGCUGAAGAAAUUGAAGCUCAACCUUGGUCCAACUCCAAAGCAAAACCACAUGAUCAGCCUGCUUUUAAUCGGGCACUUAACAAAACAGCUCAUCAGGUAGAUGUCUACUUGCUUCCCCAAGCAGCUUUCCCAUCAGGAGGACUGUACUUCAGGAACAUAAGAUGGGCGAAAAACACAAAGGAAAAACAUGUCAUAAUCCACAAUAACUACAUGGUCGGUUUCAGCAGGAAGAUGAAACGCUUUCAAGACUUUGGUCUAUGGCUAGUCGAUGAUCAUGGUCUUGAGUCCCCACUGGGAAAAUUACAAUAAAAUUCGAAUACCUGAAAAGGAUCGUUGUCCUUAAAGUUAUGUGAAAGUGUUAGGACUUGUGAUGAAAAUCAGGUUUCGGUAUGAGCAUAAAUCCGACUGGUUAUGUCACUUGGGUUUACUUAAUUUGAGUAUCUCAAAGUUAACCGACUUUAGUAAUUGUAAUAGACAUUGUUAUAAACAACAUGUGUGUGUGUUCUGUCUCUCAAUGAUGGCUGUUGAGCUGAAUUGUAGAGAGAUAGAAACGAUUCUGUAAUCACCAAGAAAGAUAGUGAAUUACUGGGAAAUCUUCAGGCUGAGAUGCAGGAUUCUCAUUCUGAAUGAA